AUGGGCGACGACGUUCCUUCAACGUCGUGGUCGUCGGCCAUGAUGCACGCUUCGUCGCCGGAGGUUCCUAACCCGGAGAUUCCACUUCCGGAUUAUGGUGGUGACGGUGUUGACUAUAGUGAUCGGUUUGUGACAAAUGAAAUUUUUUAUGGUUUUGAGAACGCUGCAAAUUGGGCAAGACAAGUUGCUAUUGGAUUAGGACAUAACCACGAAUUGAUUGUGUAUCCCGAGGGUCACCGCGGUGUCAGCGGUCUCAGUCAAGGUGCAAAGGAAGUUAUUCGUGAGAUGAACGAUGCACAUGCUAAGCCAAAACACAUUAUGGUGGCCAUUAAGAACAAGUAUCAAGAUGAACAUCCCAACAUGAGGCACAUUUAUAACUUCAAAGAUAAGAUUAGACGAGAAGGUUCAGAAGGGAGAAACGUGGCUGAGCAGAUGUUGCAUCUAGCGAGAGAGCACGGCUACAUAAACUGGGUUUCAUGUAAUGAUCGUUCGAGUAAAGUCAUUACUUGUGCCUUCUUAGCUCACCCUGCAAUGGUGGAGGUGUUAAGCACAUAUCCACUUGUUAUUGGAUUAGAUUCGACUUACAAGACAAACAGAUAUGGAUUUCCUUUCUUGGAGAUUGUUGGUGUGACACCUACAAAUCAGAAUUUCUUGAUCGCCUACGCAUUUAUGAAAGACGAGACGGCAGUGAGCUACCGUUGGGUGUUACAGAAGCUGAAGUUGCUCCUCGGGGAGGCCAUCAUUCCCACGGCUAUCCUGACGGAUAAAGAGGGUGGUCUUAUGAGACCGGUCGCCGAGGUAUUCCCACAUUCUCGAUAUUUGCUAUGUACUUGGCAUAUCAACAAUGACGUGGAGGCCCGUGUAUCACUUUUGUGCAACAAGAACAAGGAUGUUGGUGCUGCGUUCAAGAAUGGAGUAUGGAAAAGAAUCAUGGAGGCUUCGACUGAGGCUGAAUGCGAAAGUGCAGUUGUAGUCAUGGAGGAUCGUUAUGGAAGAUGGCCGGCCGUCCUGGAUUAUGUUCAUAAAACAUGGCUUAAUGAUCAUAGGAAGAAAUUCGUUUUAGCUUGGACGAAUGAGGUUCUUCACUUUGGCAACAUAAUGACUUGUAGGGUCAAGAGUCAACACUCUGUCGUUAAGAGUUGGCUUGACAGUUCACAAGGGUCCUUGGAUACUAUUUUUAGAAAAGUGCAUGCAUCGAUCAAUAACCAAGUUACUGAGAUAAAAAAAAAUGGUUUAGAGGGUUUGAGACGGAGACACGAAGCCAUCAAAUUGUCUCCUUCAAUUCUUAACUACUUGAUGUUGAGGCGUUUUUCUUCUUGA